AUAAUAAUUGAAACGAAACAGAAAGAAGUGUGCCAAUUCUAAUUUAUAAUAAGAGGGAACCUUUUUUUCGUAAGUUGUAUCCAUAGCACCGUAUCCACCAAUCAUCGACCGCCACCUUCAGCUCUGCUUUGCCUUCUCUCUCUUUCUUCAAUAUCAUCUCUCUCUCUCAAAAUAGAUUUUUUUCUUUCUUUUCUCUUAUUAGUAUUUAGAUUCAUUCCUUGAAGACUACUAGUUUGCUUUUUCGAGUAGUGUACUCGCUUCAUUCUUAGCUCGCAAUACACUCUUUUUCUUUCACGUUUCUUCUUUUUAUUUUCACUUUGCUGCUCUGCCUCAAAGGUAAAGCAAGAAAGAACAGAUCUGUCCCAGCUUUUUUUUGUUUUUUUUCCUUUUUAUUUUGGUUUUCAAUCCCUUGGAUUUCAGAGCUUUUUUUUUUUUCAAUUAUUAUUCUUUUCUUUUUACAUAUAUAUAAAUUGUGUACUCGGUUUUUAUUCAAUUACCGGUAUUUUCCUUAUCUUCCAUUAGUUUCUGCCACUUUCCUAAUUUGGACAUUGGAAGCUUUUAGCCUCAGAGGAGAGGUUUCUGAAUAAAUAAGGUUGAAAUCAUUUCUGGGUUUUUGUUAUAUUCCUCUGUUUUUGACUUUAUUCUCCUGCUAUAGAUGAUAAUAGAUCUAUAACUGUGGUACUACUCCUUGGGUUCCAUCUUGGAGCUACUAGCUUUAAAUUAUUGAGUUUUAUUUUUACUUUUGAAUUUUAUUUGGGCACAUUUCUUUUGAAUUUUGGAAAGUUGGGUCUUUUAUAGAUUCCUCAGGCUAUGCCUAUACAUUAAAAAAAGAAAGUGUAUUCUGAUUCCUUUCAAAAAAAAAAAUGCUUUCUUGAUUUAACACUGAUAUUAUUGCAGUGAAAUCUCUACCUCCCCCUCCAUUUCCCACCAAAGGUUCCUCUCUCCUUUCCCUCUUUCUUUUCAUUGCUCAUAAUCCUUGAUUGCCCAAGUUUCUUUGAAGAAUUGAAAGGUGUGAAAAUCCAAUAACUUGAUGUUUUGAAGUGGGAAACCAAUCCAAAACAAGGGAAGGAUAAAACAAAUAGUAAUAAUGGAAAUUCUCUCUUCCCCUGCUUCUUAUAUUUCCAACUCGAAUUGGCUUCUUCAAGAUGGCAAAAGCACCAACUGGACUGCGGCUGAGAACAAAGCUUUCGAAAAUGCUCUGGCCGUGUUCGAUAAGGAGACUCCCGAGAGGUGGCACAAUGUGGCGGCCAUGAUCCCCGGAAAGUCAGUUGAAGAUGUUAUCAAGAAGUAUAAAGAGUUAGAGUUUGAUGUUAGCAAUAUUGAAGCAGGGCUUAUCCCAAUUCCUGGGUAUACAAGCUCAACAUUCACUUUGGAUUGGGUUAACAAUGGUCGUGCCUAUGAUGGGUUCAAACAAUCCUAUGGUUUUGGUGGGAAGAGAUCUUCAUCAACUAGGCCUGCCGAUCAGGAAAGGAAGAAAGGGGUUCCAUGGACUGAAGAAGAGCAUAAGUUGUUUCUUAUGGGGCUUAAGAAAUAUGGGAAAGGUGAUUGGAGGAACAUAUCUAGAAAUUUUGUUGUUACUCGGACACCAACCCAAGUGGCGAGUCAUGCUCAGAAGUACUUCAUUAGGCAGUUAUCAGGAGGGAAGGAUAAACGAAGAGCUAGCAUCCAUGACAUAACAACAGUCAAUCUCAAUGACACAAGAACUCCCUCACCGGACGAGAAGAGGCGACCGCCCUCCCCCGACCACUCUAACAUGGUCUCCCAGCAGCCUAAUUCUGCUGCCAUGUCCAGGACUCCAUUUCAGUGGAAUCAACCAAGUAAUGGUGGAGUAAACAUGGGGUUUCAUAUGACAAAUGGAAAUAUUUUUAUGUCCAAUCCUUAUGGGGUUAACACUUAUGGACUUAAAGUCCAGGGACAUAAUCUUCACAGAGCUGCUGUUCAUGACUCUUACUUUGGACCUCAAAGUAUGGCUUUUCAGAUGCAAUCCACACAACACUACCCACAUGGAUGAUGAUAAUACCAGUUGAACAAAGAUAAAACUAUUGUUAGUGGCUUUAGUUUGCCAUAUUUUCUUCAGUUUUACUAGUAUAGGUCUGAUUUUGCUUUUUCUUUUCUUGGUUUCAUGUGAAUAUGUCGUCCAAAACUUUAGAUCAAGUAGUUUUUGAAAAUUUUGAGGGAACCGGAUUGAGUGUUUCCUUAGAACUUCAAAUUCUGAUAUAUGAAACUGAGUGGAAGCUUCUCAGACAGCUGAGCUUUCAAUUUGACUC